AUGGGAUUAGUUAAAGGUUUACCACAAGGUCAUGCAUAUCCAGUCUGUUUUUGUUUGAUAGCUUCAGAACCGUCAACAGCUUCGACAUUGUCCUUAAUGAAUAAAUGUAUACAUAUAACAGAAAACGUUCGUGAGCUGGAUUGGUCAGAGUCGGAAAUCCCUAAAUCAAAAUGCGAUAUAAAGAGGACUUUAAGCGUAGAAGUUGUGAAUGAAAAUAAAGCAUUAGAACUGUCUAAGAGUGAUAACUGGUUGACAGAAAAUGAUAACAUUAUUUUAGAUAUUGAUGAAGAUUAUUAUGGUUGCGAGCCUGCCAUACAACCACUAUACGAUGUAGGAAUUACUGACAAAAAAAGUGACUCGAUGACUUAUUUAGUCGUUCAACCCAGCAGAUGGAAUGAGAUUAUGUGAUGGAUUCAAUAGACCGAAUAGAACCAUGGUUUUCUUCCAUACACCCGAUUUACCAGAAAUUAACUUAAGAACUGCUAAUCUGGAGGGUAUUUUAAGAAGUACACCAACACCAGCUAUCGUGACAAUCUGUCGUUCUGUCAGAGAUGGUUAUUCACCAUUAAAAUACUUUGAGAAAAUAGAAUCUGAUAUUUUAAAAACAUUAAAAAAUACUUAUAAUAUCAAGCAUGAUUCUAUACAUUAUGAUGAUGGAUUGCUAGGGGGUAAAGCAGGGUUGCCCUCGAGACAUUUAUGAUUUAUUAUGAUAAUAAAAAAGAUUUUAAAAUUUAAUAAGUAAAAUAUUUAAACCAAUAUAUUUCUUAUCCAUUUCAAGCAUCAAAGAAUCCUGGGAGGACAAAUUUGCAUAAUGAGUGUAAAAAACUGUAAAUACACAGUUCAAACUUUUGUAUAAUAUAUUAUGUAUAGUCCAGAGUAU